AUACAUUUUGGCCACUUUUCAGAUGUCGUUGCAUUUACUGAAUUGGAUCUUGGAACCGGAGAAUAGCAAUGAAGUGCUUGUGGCUAAAUCCACAGACGAACCCAGCCAGGAGUGUACCGAAGCCUUGGUCAACGGCGAAAGUCAGAAGAAUGAAUUGAAAAUGAUCUACAUUACGUACAACAUGUCGUUGCAUUUACUGAAUUGGAUCUUGGAACCGGAGAAUAGCAAUGAAGUGCUUGUGGCUAAAUCCACAGACGAACCCAGCCAGGAGUGUACCGAAGCCUUGGUCAACGGCGAAAGUCAGAAGAAUGAAUUGAAAAUGAUCUACAUUACGUACAACAUGUCGUUGCAUUUACUGAAUUGGAUCUUGGAACCGGAGAAUAGCAAUGAAGUGCUGGUGGCUAAAUCCACAGACGAACCCAGCCAGGAGUGUACCGAAGCCUUGGUCAACGGCGAAAGUCAGAAGAAUGAAUUGAAGAUGAUCUACAUUACGUACAACCUGUUGCUGGAACACAUCAAAACGCUUGCAACUCUACCCGGUAUAGAGGCAGAACGAAUAGGCGGAAAUCCAGUUGUCACAACAGCCCCACCCAGUCAAAUUCUGAACACCAUUCCAGCUAGCUGGCAGUUGAUCAUGCAGCUGAACACAUGCCUUCGGAAACAAAUCUCCUUGUGUAUGAGGCACGCUAGGUUUCGAUGUCAAUCUGUUGUAUACAAAUGUGCUAAAAGAAAACUUUUAGAAAUAGCUAAGCGACUGCCACUAGCAGACACCGUCCUUUCGGAACGGAAACAGCUCACGGUAUUCUGGCGCUAUGCGGAUGAUACUUUCGUUGUGAUGAAGCGAGGCAUGGUCAGUGAGUUUCACAGCUACCUGAAUUAUACGAGUCCACACAUCAAAUUUAGUGUUGAGAUAGGCUCAACCUCGGAUACACUAGCAUUCUUAGAACAUAUGACCAUGAGCUCUGGGGAAAACUA